AUGGUCGUCGCCCUAGGAUCCGUCCAACCUGUCUUUAAACCUCUGAAAACCGUCCCGGAUGGCUCGGAGGACAAGCCGGCGGAAGGUCUGGCGAUUCCGGCUAUAGGCGAACUGACCAUUCCUAGUGUCGUCUUGGGCGCCGCCACCUUCUCGGGUUUCUACAACUCAGAAGAAGACUACUCUAGCGCGGAGCCUGUUCGUACUGUCCGACUUGCGCUGAGAUAUGGCAUCUGUGGUUUCGACACUUCUCCGUAUUACGGUCCCUCCGAGAUCGUGCUCGGUAAUGCACUCAAGGCCGUGGCGGACGAGUUCCCACGAGAGUCCUACAAGAUUAUCACCAAGUGCGGCCGCUAUGGCUUCAACAUCAAGGAAUUCGAUUACUCCGGCCCUACGAUUCGCGCCAGCAUCGAGCGGAGUCUCGCGCGCAUGCAUACAACCUACCUCGACGCCGUCUACCUUCACGACGCCGAGUUUGUAUGCGAGCAAGUUGGCCCUCUUGAGGGGGGUAACCCUCACGAGGCGCUCGCAAGCCAGAGUGCGGAGUACGGUCUUGCGCCUGGCCAAGAAGGCAAGAUUUGGGGGCCAGGAGACGAGAGGAUUUUGGAGGGUAUCGCAGAACUCAGGAAACUCCAAGAGGAAGGCAAGGUCAAAGCCAUUGGCAUAUCAGCCCUUCCGUUGCCGGUGCUCCUCCGCCUCGCCCUUCUCGUUCUCCACAAGACCGGCAAGCCGCUCGACAUCAUGCUCUCCUACACGCACGUCUCGCUCCAGAACUCCCUGUUCGCCACGCACUUCGCCGCCUUCAAGGAGCGGGCCAAGGUCCGACAGCUACUCACCGCCUCCCCGCUCUGCAUGGGUCUCCUCACUCCGCGCGUCCCGACAUGGCAUCCUGCCUCGGAUGCUGCGAGGGCAACCGCUACCGAAGCGCACGCCCUUCUCACCGGGAGGGGCUGGGCUGGGGGCCUACCGGAGCUCGCGACCGGGUUCGCGUUCCGGAAAGGAGAGCAACUCGGAAUGCCGGUCGUCAUCGGCCUGAGCACCGUCGCGGAAGUGCACCAGUGCGUCGCAGCGUGGCGGCGGGUGAGGGAAGCUAAGGACACGGCCGAGAGGGAUGAACUGGAGAAGACCGUGGCGGAUAUGUUUGGGGACAUGCAGGGGUACAUGUGGCAGUCGCCGGAGCCCAAGGCACUGCUUCCGCUGGAGACAAAGUAG